GUGUAGCUGUGGGCGGAGUCAAACUCAGGAAACGAAACGAAACUCAAGUCGCUUCACGAACACAAAAACAAGAAUGAAAUGUGAAUAUUUCUGUCCCUCGAGGGAUUAGGGACACGAGCACCAUGAAUACAAAGGGGUCCGUUGUGACACCCAAUAUACAAUACUCCCAUUCAGAGAAGAUGCACUCCAUACAAGACACUAAAGCAACAACACAUCAUACACAAACUGAUCCUGUGACAUCAGAGAACACAACCGAUCAUAAUGAUCUUCAUGAUCAUGGCUCCAAGAAUUGUAUUCAGUCAAUGCGAAGAGACGCUCCUGGAACCAGCUGUGUAUCCAUGAAGAGCAAUCUGUCUGCAGAUGCUCCACCAAACCUCCGGGAUAAAGAUAGAAACAGUACACACAGUAGUAUUCAGUCAAUGCGAAGAGACGCUCCUGGAUCCAGCUGUGUAUCCAUGAAGAGCAAUAGGUCUUUGCCUACACCACCAGAGCUCCAGGAUAAAGAUAGAAACAGUACACACAGCUGUUUGUCCAUGAAGAGUAACCAUUCUAUGGAUCCCCCGUUGAAAUUAGAGAGAGAACGUCCACCAGAACCAGUUUCAGUCCUGUCGGGGGGAAGUGGUUCACUCUCACCAGUUCCUAGCUGUUUGUCCAUGAAGAGUAACCAUUCUAUGGAUCCCCCGUUGAAAUUUGAGGGAGAACAUCCAACAGAACCAGUUUUAGACCAACCAUGGGUUGGAGAUAAGGACACCGAGAUUCUACAGGGGCAAAUGUGUAAUGAGGUCUACAAAUCACAUCUUAGGAAGAAGUUUGAGUGUUUGUAUGAGGGAACAUCACAGCAGAGAAACCCAACACUGCUGAAUGAGAUCUACACAGAGCUCUACAUCACAGAGAGUGAAAGUGGAGAGAUCAGUAAUGAACAUGAGGUGAGACAGAUUGAGACACAAUCCAGGAGAACAGCAACAGAGGACACACCAAUCAAAUGCAACGACAUCUUUAAAGCUUUACCUGCACAAGACAAACCCAUCAGAAGUGUGCUGACAAAGGGAGUCGCUGGCAUUGGAAAAACAGUCUCUGUGCAGAAGUUCAUUCUGGACUGGGCUGAAGGGAAAGAGAAUCAGGACGUCCACCUCAUUUUUCCACUUCCUUUCAGAGAGAUCAACCUGAUGAAGAACCAAACACUCAGUCUAUUAGAUCUUCUUCAUCUUUUCUUCCCAGAGACAAAAGAAAUGGAAAUCUCCAGCGGUGAAUAUAAAGUGUUGUUCAUCUUUGAUGGUUUGGAUGAGUGUCGUGUGUCUCUGGAUUUUCACAGCAGUGUGAGGUUGUGUGAUGUCAGUGAAUCAGCCUCAGUGGACGUGAUCCUGACAAACCUCAUGAAGGGGAAUCUGCUUCCCUCUGCUCUCAUCUGGAUCACCUCCAGACCAGCAGCAGCUGAUCUCAUCCCCUCUGAGUGUGUUGAUCGAGUCACAGAGGUACGAGGCUUCACUGACAAACAGAAGGAGGAAUACUUCAGCAAGAGAAUCAGUGAUGAGAGUCUGAACAACAGAAUCAUCUCACACCUGAAGUCAUCCAGGAGCCUCUACAUCAUGUGUCACAUCCCAGUGUUCUGCUGGAUUUCAGCCACUGUUCUAGAGAGAAUGUUGAGUGAAGCAGAGAGUGAAGGAGAGAUCCCCAAGACUCUCACUCAAAUGUACACACACUUCCUGAUCAUUCAGACAAACAUCAAACAUCAGAAGGACUAUGAGAAGAAAGUGAAGAAUGAUGAAGACAUGAUCUUCAAACUGGGCAAACUGGCUUUUGAGCAGCUUGUGAAAGGGAACCUGAUCUUCUAUGAUGAGGACCUGAGAGAGUGUGGCAUUGAUGUAGCAGAAGCAUCAGUGUACUCAGGAUUGUGCACUCAGAUCUUCAGAGAGGAGUUUGGCUUGUAUCAGGGGAAAGUUUACUGCUUUGUUCAUCUGACCAUACAAGAACAUCUCGCAGCUCUUUAUGUGCACACAUCUUUCCGUCGUGGAGACACGGGCAUUCUUUAUUACUGGAAAACAUCCAACAUUGCAACCUUGUUCAAAUGUUCUACCAUUUCUGAGUUACACAAGACUGCUGUGGACAAGAUGUUGCAAAGCAAGAAAGGGCAUUUCGAUCUUUUCCUCCGCUUCCUCUUGGGUCUCUCACUUGAUUCAAACCAGGCUCUUCUGCAUCACAUACUACCACAGACAUCACCUGUUCCUACCGAUAGUGUGACAGAAACCACAGACUACAUAAAGAUUCGAAUCAGGAUGAAUCUCCCCUCAGAAAAAUAUAUCAGCCUGUUUCACUGCCUUAACGAACUCAACGACUUUUCUUUAGUAGAGGAAAUACAAAAUUUCCAAAAAAGCAGAAAACUUUCGAAAACCAAACUGUCUGCUUCGCAGUGGGCGGCUCUUGUGUUUGUCCUUCUGUCGUCUGAAAACACACUGGAUGUGUUUGACCUCAGGAAAUACAGUCAGAACGAUGCAGAUGAAUGUCUGGAGAAGAUGUUACCUGUUGUCAUGGAAGCCAAAACAGCUGAACUCAGACACUGCAAUCUCCGCUCCAAAGGUUUUCAGGCACUGAGGUCAGCGCUCGGCUCAAAGUCCUCCUCUCUCAAACAGCUGAAACUCAGUGGAAAUAGACUCAGUGGUCCAGGAAUGAAGAUUCUUUCGGAAGGGUUGCAGCAGUUGCACUGUAAACUUGAGACACUGGAAUUAUCCGAGUGUGGUUUAACUCCUGGAGAUUGUUCAUCUUUAUCAAAGGCUCUUGACUCAAACCCUUCCCAUCUGAUGGAGCUGGACCUGACCUUCAAUCAAACUGGAGAUGCAGGAGUGAAAACAUUAUCACGAAUACUGAAGAAGCCAAACUGUGCACUACAGAAAUUAAUACUGGUGAGCUGUGGUCUUAAAGCAGAGAGCUGUAAAUCUUUGGCUGAAGCUCUGAGCAGAAACUCCGCUCUCGUGGAUCUGGACUUGAGUAAAAAUAACUUGAUGGAUUCAGGCUUGUGGUUUCUAUGUGAUGGACUGAAGAGUCCUUCCUGUAAACUGAAAACUCUAAGUUUAGAGGACUGUGGUGUCACAGAACAAGGCUGUAGAGGUCUGUGUUCAGCUCUGAGAUCAAACUCUCUUCAUCUGACUGAACUCCGUCUGAACAGAAACAAGAUACAAAACUCAGGAGUGAAGAUGAUCUCUAAUUUACUGAAGGAGCCACAGUGUAAACUAGAGAAACUGAGGUUGUCAUUCUGUGAUGUCACAGAAAGGGGCGGUGCUGAUGUGGCUUUAGCUCUCAGAUUAAACCCCGCCCACCUCAGAGAACUGGACCUUUCCGGGAACAAACUGGGUCCAGCAAAGAAGCUGCUCACUGCCCUACAAGAGCAUUCAGAUUAUAAACUGGAAAAACUGAAGAUAGAUUGAUGAAUGAAUGUCAAUGAAGAGCUGAGAGAUGCAUUUAACUACAAAGAAAUACAAAAUAAUUACACCAUGGUCUGUUUGAUUGGCUGGAAGGUGUGAAUUAAAACCAUUAUAAACCGGUAGUUCCAGUCAGUUUGAUCAACAUGUGAAAUGAACUGAGGAAAACAGAUGUCAUUUGAACCUGUGUGAACAAAAUGAUACUGUAAACGUUAAUAACAGCUUUAACUUGGCAAAUGACCAUGGUAUAAGCGUGAUAAUCCACGGCUAGCGGUGCAAUUUUAAUUCACUUUGCAGUGGCUUCGUGUCGAGUUGUUCUUGACCUCAACGUUGUGCGUUAAAAUCCUUUAAUGCACGGCCGUGGAUUUUUCCUUAUUUGUAGUCAAACAUUCUUAAAAGGAAAUUGAUGAAAUGAAAGAGUUUAGCAUUAAAGUUUCUCCUACAAGUUAUAUGACAAUUCUGCAUGACAGUUUCAUGAGUUUAUGUCCCAACAAAACCUUAGCAAAUAGUUUUCUUUUGACACCCAUCCACAUUUGGAUGAAUGUAUGGAUAUUUGUCCUUGAGAAUAUCUUUAAGGUCUUGCACAACUUGUCACAAAGCGCUUCAUUACAAAAGAGAGUCGAGACAGAAGAGGAGGAACUGUUAAACAGAGAUUAUCUACAGUAAAAAUCAGACAGUCAUGCAAAUUUAACUGUAAUAGAAAGCUUUCUUAAAUUGCUAACAGCCCUUUUUGUGUCUUCACACCAGUCCUCAUAUAUUUUAUUACAGGAGAAAACUUUCGUGCACUUGUUCUGUGUUCUACAGAAACGUGUUUAAGGAUGGUUUUUAAAGUUAGGUUAAUUUUUUUCUUUAAAUAUGCAAUGCAGCAACCAUCAAUACUUGUUGAUGAUCUUUUUCUAUGUGGCACUUUAACAAAAUACUUUAUAGAUAAAAUAAAGAAUGACAAAAUGUCA